UUGUUGAUACCUUUUCAGUGCGAACCGUUCAGCGGUUCGGUCGCUCCGUACAGCAUCUCCCGGAAAAGGGAAAAGCUCGCGAACAUGGAGAAAAAACACUAUUUGGCAUUUAUUUUUUCAAUAUGCGCUAUUCUUUGUGGCUUUACGGCAGCACAUGAUGGUGAUGGACAUUUUAUGAAUGAUUGGGUAGUUCGCCUAACAGGGGGAAAAGAAGUUGUGGAUCAGUUGGUAAUUGAACUUGGCUACUUGAAUUUGGGAGAAUUAAAAGGAUUCCCGAACACUUACUUGAUGAGAAAAAUUGAUCAUCCUCAAAGAUCCAGAAGAAAUGCUCUCCAUCUGACGAAGAGGUUAUCAGAAGAUAGCAGGGUUGAAUGGGCUGAGCAACAAAUAGCAAAAAGGCGAGUAAAAAGAGAAUUUUUAUCUGGAGUUACAGCAAAUUUCUUGCAGAAAACUACAAGAGAAAAUAACAGAUUUAACGACUAUUUGUGGCCAGAUCAGUGGUAUUUGCAUGACACCAGGAAUUUAGAAGAUCUUCCCGAGUUAGAUAUGAGGACCAUUCCAGUUUGGAAUAUGGGCUAUACAGGAAAAGGCAUCGUGGUUUCGAUAAUGGACGAUGGCCUGGAAUGGAAUCAUACGGACAUUCGAAGGAACUACGAUCCUAAAGCAAGCUGGGACACGAAUGACAAUGAUCCAGAUCCUUUCCCAAGAUACGACGAAUCUGAUUCGAAUAAUCAUGGAACUCGUUGCGCUGGUGAAGUUUCUAUGACUGCUAACAACGAAAAAUGUGGUGUAGGCGUAGCAUAUAAUUCAAAAAUAGGAGGUAUUCGGAUGUUGGACGGUAUUGUGAAUGAUGCUGUAGAGUCUGUGUCUCUUGCGCACAGCAUUGAUCAUAUCGAUAUUUUCAGUGCAUCUUGGGGGCCCAACGAUGAUGGAAUGACAGUGGAUGGACCCAAGAGACUCGCUGUAGAAGCUCUAGAGAAAGGGAUACAACAGGGUCGUUCUGGCAAGGGAGUGAUCUAUGUGUGGGCAUCGGGAAAUGGUGGAUCGAAAGGAGAUAACUGCAAUUGUGAUGGAUACACCAAUUCCAUUUAUACUCUCUCUGUAGGCAGUGCUAGCCAGCGAGGGGAUUUUCCUUGGUAUGGAGAAAGAUGUGCCUCCACUAUGACAACGGCUUACUCCAGUGGGGCAUACUCGGAUCAAAAAAUAGCAACCACAGAUCUCCACAAUAAGUGCACCGUUCAUCACACUGGGACUUCAGCAGCUGCUCCCUUGGCGGCCGGGGUUAUUGCUCUUGUCCUCGAGGCUAAUCCAGAGCUAACAUGGAGGGAUGUUCAACAUCUUGUUGUAUGGACCUCAGAGUACCUUCAGUUGAGUCACAAUAAAGGUUGGAGACGAAAUUCAGCUGGACUUAUGUAUAAUAGCAGAUUUGGGUUUGGAUUGAUCAAUUCUGAAUCCAUGGUAAAGGCAGCCCUAAAUUGGACCCUAGUGCCCGAAAAAACUACCUGUAUCGUUUCUUCAUCUUCCAUACUGCCUCAAGCUAUUUCGUCCAAAGGAAAGAAUGAAGUUGUGAUAGAUCUUACUACCAACGGUUGCUUAAGAACACCAGGAGAAAUAAAUUAUUUAGAGCAUGUGGAAGUAACACUUGAUAUAGACUACAAUCACAGAGGAGCUUUGGAUAUUUAUUUGUUUUCACCAUCUGGAACGGUAAGCAUGAUACUCUCACGACGUGAAAGAGAUUCCUCUGCCAUUGGGUUCAAGAACUGGACAUUUUUAUCAGUGCAUUUUUGGGGUGAAAAUCCUGCUGGACAAUGGAAAGUCUUGGUUCGUGAUCUGACUGGAAAAAACUACAAAGGUUCCGUAAAUUUUGUGAAAAUCGCUCUUCAUGGAACUAAACAGAGACCUCAACAUAUGGCGGGAGGACUGAAAAGAUACGUUGAUCAAGACGUAAUGGAGAGAAUCUUGGAUAAAACCCCGGAAUUUGAAGAAGAAGCUCCAAAGCCAAAAGAUUCGAUUCAUGAUGAAUUAGAAAACUUGAGAUCCGUUGAACACAAAAAGAAACUGAGUUGGGAAGAUUUAGUUGGAAAGCAUCUAAGGAAUUUGUCCCCUCAUAUUUAUAAAUUUAACAGAAUAGAAUAUCCUGAUAUCAUUCUAGAAGAAGAUGAUGUCGAUUAUAUACCGUUUCAUGAUCGAUUUACCUAUUAGUAACGGAAAAAUCAAAAUGCUUCUUAUAUGUCUCCUUCCACAGUUCUUUGCCAAUAAAAAAUCUUCUUCACAAAAAUAAAAAGGAAAUCAAGAAAACAUAUUAAAGCGUCAACUGCAUUAAAACAUUAAAAUCAAGAUAAAAGUUUUCUGUGUAUUUUCAAUACAUUUGUAUUGAAGUUUAUUAGAAAAAUUAAAAUUAUUUAUUAACAGA